CGGCAAUGGAUAUACAAGGAAUCGUAUUUCGAACACGUGCAAGGACUUGCUCGAAAUGAGCUCGAGAGACACGUUCGUAUGUUAUCAUGAUCCUUCCCACAUUCUCACCCCCUGGCUGACAGUCUCAUACUCGGGUUGUAACAGCUACAACCUAGGAUCAACAACUCAUACGGUUCACGGUCACCUACGUACAGGCACUCCCCCCCUUUCUCUCUCCUUAAUUCUCGUUCUUCUUCAUUGGUUAGUGGCAGCCAGUUAGAAUGCUCCUACGCACAUCUGUACACGCGUCUCAGCUGGACAAGGUUCAUCUGUUGUUUGCCACUAUUGCCACAGUUGCCACCGUUGCUGCCGUUGUAACCGGUGCCACCUGCAAUCCCUGUUCUAUUCAACUAUAUAGCCACUCGUUAGCACCUCAAUACAACUCAUGCUUUCCUCACUGAUCCUUUGCCCUUCCUACGCCAGCUGCCAGUUAUAAGCCAGGCCUAACGCUACAAUCCAUCGUUGUAUUCUCCUCCUACAUCACCUGGCUAGUGUCACGGUCUCGGGCGGCAGGAUUGCCCUAGCUAGCUCGGGCAGGUAGGUAGAAGUAAUAACUGAAUUCACUACGUGUUCUAUAAUGCACGGCAGGCAGGCGGGUUGAAUAACAAGACGUAGCUCAAGGAGCUACAAGGAGGCAGGGCGGCGGUCGGCAGGUAUACUCCUGCCAAGGCUCGCAUAGGCCCUUGCAACAAGGCCUCUCGCCGGGUCCUAACAUCACGUGUUACGCUGUGCAGCAAGCUUCACCGUUCAAGCCGUGACA